AUGAAAAGACGGAAAUCCAACUUAUUUUCUGCUUUCACGAGCAUGACCUGCAGCGAUGUUUUGGUCGUUCUAUUCUUAAUAAUAUCAUUUUCCCCUACUGUUAGCACAUUUGAAGAGUUUCGUUGCGGUACUACAGAUAUUCGAAACUCUCCCAAACAUCGACUGCAUAAUCUCAAUAAAUUCGGUUUGGAUGCUUUCGUAAACUGUACUGUUCUCGAGGGAAGUUUCCUCAUGUCCAUGGUUCUCGAGAAUACGAGCGACAUAGGAGAAUGGCCAAGAUACGAGAAGCUGCGAGAAAUCACUGGUUCUCUGCUCAUUUUCCAAGUCAAGGGACUCAAGACGUUACGUUGGAUCUUUCCUAAUUUGAGAAUCAUCGGAGGUCAAUCUAUGAUACAGCACUAUUCCCUCAUUAUAUAUCAGAAUGAAGACAUUGAAGAGAUAGGAUUGGAUGAGCUUCGCAUUGUUCGAAACGGUGGUGUGAGAAUAGCAGAUAAUCCAAAAUUGUGUAAUGCUAAGUCUAUUGAUUGGAGACGUAUUCAAGCAGGGCCCAUUAAUGAUUUACUCGUUGAUGACUCAACAAUGGAAGUUGGUGUGGGAGAAGGAAAAAUAGCUCCGUGUGAACCAACUUGUACACACCCCAAGUAUCCGGAUAAAUGUCAUUUCUUAAAUCACCCGUCACGACCAAUGGCAUGCUUCGGAAAAAAAGCCUGCCAGCUAUAUUGUGAGCAUGAUAGAAUUGAAACUGCUAACGGUACUUCAUUGGGACCAGGAUGUGUGGACGGAACAAAUGAGAAAUGUCACGAAGAGUGUGUCGCAGGAUGCACAAAAGCUAAUGAUCCUGGCGCUUGUUAUGGAUGUGCUCAUAUUUCUCACGCAGGUAAAUGUGUGAGAAGUUGUCCGAAAAAUUUAUUCUCAUACAUGGACCGCAGAUGUAUAUCUCGCAAAACUUGUGAAAUGUUGAACCCGAGAUCAUCUCAAGGAAAGAUUGAAUAUUAUAAAGCAACAAGUGGGAAAUGUGACAUUCGUUGUCCAGAGGGAUAUGAAGAAGAACCAGAGAACAGACACAAGUGUCGACUAUGUGCUGGCGAAUGCCAUCGCAUUUGUGGAGGAAACGGCACAAUAGAUAGUUUAUCAAAGGCCAAAUUGUUUGCUGGCUGCAGUAUCAUAGAUGGAUAUUUGGAAAUUGAGCUUAGAACUGGUAUGGAGUUUGUUCCAGCUGAAGAACUGACGAAAUGCUUCCAAAGUAUUCAAGUGAUUCAAGGAUAUCUCCUAAUUCGGCAUUCUCCUGUUUUCGUUAAUUUGAACAUGUUCAAGAACUUGACCACAAUAACAGGAUCGUUCCUAUAUCGAGAAAAAUAUGCUCUGGCUGUGUUUGAAAAUCCUAACUUGGCAAAACUUUUUGCUUCUGAAAAGAAUUUAACCAUAGAAAGAGGAUAUUUGCAGUUUCAUAAUAAUCGAAUGCUGUGUUUCCGCCAUAUUACUGAGUUAAUGGAACGAAUGAAUAGAAUUAAGGAAAUGGAUGAGAGUGAUCAGAGCAAAACUAGUAAUGGUGAUAAAGCAAUAUGUGAUGAAUCUUCCUUCGAUGUCUAUGUGGACAGCGUAAGCUACAACUCUUUCGGGCUGAAAUGGCGCCCAUAUAACACCUUCGACAUAGACUUUAGAAAGUUUUUAGGAUAUGAGAUUCUGUAUAAGGAAGUCACAAGCAAUAAUACAGCUAUAACUGUUGAUGACGAUAGAUCAGCUUGUUCGGAUAGUUGGAUGAGAUAUUUCCAAGAAGUGACGAGUGUUGUUUCUCCUGACGGGUAUGUACUCUCCGCUACUUCUGAUAGGAAAGAUUCUCUGACACAAUCGGAUGUUAGUGCGCUACUGAAUGAUUAUGCUAAUGGCACUCAGGAUAGUGAUUAUAAUGGGCCACAUGUUGAUGUUCUUAUCACAGCAGAUGUUAAGCCAGAUACAACCUAUGCUUUUUAUGUCACAACUGUUUUGGUGAGACAUAUUGGAGCUCGAAACGCAGUUUCACCUCUUGGAUUUGUGAGGACUACGUUUGGAAUUCCGGACCCCCCACAGAUCAUAAAGGCAGAAGCUCUAGGAACAGACAGUAUUUCUAUCGAAUGGUCUCCCCCUCGGAAGCCUAACGGACAAGUCACUCACUAUACUAUAAACUAUCGUCCUAUCGAUGUCAAUUUGGAGAAGAAAGCGUCUGUGGUAUGUUCCAACGAGAACGUGAAAGAUCUGUCCGAUGAUCGGAGUUUCUCACGAGAUUCUUCCUAUCAUGUCAGUUACGGUUUUGGAACAAGUUUAGUGUCCACGACUGCAGCUCCUGAGACAUGUGCCGCAAAGAACUGCUGCCCCUGCCAGACUGAUGUUCUCAGUAAAAUCAAUGAGCUUGAAAAUAACUUGGAGUUCGAAAACUCCAUGCAGAACAUCAUGUUCGUUCAGAGGGAUGGAGCUCAAGAAGAGCCUGAUGAUUCCAAGAGAAUGAAAAGAUCUAUCAGCACAAAUCUUGGUUCUGACAAGGAUAAUCUUGAUGAAAGACGGCGACGUAUAGAAAGUUACAAUGAGAAAAUUGAACAAUAUGAAUCGUUGAGUAUGCCAAACAGAAUUAAUGUCACUGGAAACAAAGUGAUAUUGAGGAACUUGAAGCAUUACACCGAAUAUUUUGUUUCCAUAGUUGCUUGUCAAAACGUCUCCGUUCCUGACUCGCAUUGCUCCCAUCGCAAGGCCUGGCAUUAUAUCAGAACGGAUAAAAUACCUGAUGCCGAUGUCAUAGAUAAUUCAACUAUUAAUGUUGAGUUUGUGGGUAAUAGUACCAACGAUUUUGUGGUUAAUUGGAAGCCUCCCAAAUACCCCAAUGGAGCUAUUCUUGCUUACAAAGUCCGAGUCACUAACUUGGCGCAGCAAGCUACUCCAAUUGAGCAAUGUAAUAGUAGUUUGGAACUCCCAAAUCCCGAAAAAGAUGGUGUGCCAUUCAACGGUUUAGCCGAUGGUCAUUAUCGAGUCGAGAUUCGUACUGUUUCUGAGCUUGGUAUAUCCGCCGCAGCCGUUAGAUCUGAACCCGUGAUCGUAGAGAGGCCAAGCUUCUGGACAGUUAGAAGAAUCAUAUAUGUCAUCAUAUGUAUAGCAUUCUUCUUGAGUUUCCUCGCAGCAUGUGCCUACUUCUGUAUGAGGAAGUAUUAUGGAGAGAAGGUCAAAGAGUACGCUACUCAAUUGAUAUCGGCAAAUCCAGAGUAUCUCUCUCAAAACGAUGUUUAUAAGGCAGAUCAUUGGGAAUUACAAAGAGAACGUCUUCAAAUCUACGGAGAGAUUGGUAGAGGAACAUUCGGAAAGGUGUACCGAGGAAGAGGCCUGGAUGUCGUCUCUGUUUGUGGAGAAACUUUCGGAGAGUGUGCUAUCAAAACUGUUGCUGAAAAUGCCUGUAGCGCUGAAAGGCUUCAUUUCCUUUUAGAAGCUUCCAUUAUGAAACAGUUCAAUGCAAGUUACAUUGUAAAGCUUUAUGGAGUUGUAUCUGAUGGACAACCUGUCUUGGUUGUGAUGGAAAUGAUGGAAAAAGGCAACUUGCGAGACUAUCUACGAUCAAGAAGACCCGGCGACGAAGCCAAUAUUGAUAACUUACCUGUACCUACUGAAGAUGAAUACUAUGAGUGGGCUGCUCAAAUUGCUGAUGGAAUGGCAUACUUAGAAUCUAUUAGAUUCUGUCACAGAGAUUUAGCUGCUCGUAAUUGCAUGGUUCAUAGUGAUCUCACAGUGAAAAUUGGAGACUUCGGUAUGGCUCGUGAUUUGUAUUAUCACGAAUACUACAAGCCCACUGGCAAGAGAUUAAUGCCAGUUAGAUGGAUGGCUCCAGAAUCCCUCAAGGACGGAAAGUUCGAUACAAAGAGUGAUGUUUGGUCUUAUGGAAUUGUUCUCUAUGAGAUGAUCACCCUUGGACAGCAGCCCUACCAAGGCCUUGGAAACCAUGAAGUGUUAUCGUUCAUAGGAAUGUCAAGACAAGUAAUGGAUGCACCGAAAGACUGUCCAGUUUUCUGGUAUAAGUUGAUGCUCGAAUGCUGGAAGUACAGCCCUCGAGAGAGACCUAGUUUCCAUCAAAUAGUACGCCAUUUAUCCGAUCGCGUAAGCGAUAAGUUCCUUCAGGAAUCUUAUGUUGAAAAUUUUGCUACCGAGUUCAGUGAUGGACCUAUCCUAGGGUUGGAGUCAGGUGACGAUCAGUGUUUGGGUUCAGGAGAUGAGAACUGCUGCAAUCCACUGGCCGACAUGGAAAUGGAUCGGCUAACUCCCCCGGCUCCCAACAAACGAUCCACCACUGCUGACUUUGCAUGGGGAGAAGAUGUUGGGUUGGCUUCAAAUCCCGACGUUGCAGAAGACGAAGUGUGA